GAGAGGGUGAGAGUUAAUGACACAGACAGACUGAGUCCCUCUCUACAGUGUCAGUCUGUCAGUCGCUGUCAUGGUGGAGACAAGGACAGACCAGCAAAGCCUCUCUCUGACACCCGGAUUAUCGCAGGAAAGGCAGCGCUAAGAGCAUUUUAGGAGGGAGGACGUUCGUGCAGAGCACCGCCCUGGCUGGCUUAGUGCCACUGAUGCUGGUGUAGCUGCCCAAACUCGGAAACAUCGGCCCUGCACACCGAUAUCGCCCGCAAGCUCACGCUAGUGCACACGCAUCAGAAAGCCCACGCCAACACACACACACACACACACACACACACACACACAUCUCCUCUGCACAUGCUAACACACAUCUUCUGUAUGCACACACUAACACAAAAAUCUCCCGUAAGCACAUGCUAACACACAUCACUUGUAAGCACACACUAACACACUCAGCAACCAUGUCCUCCCCGCCUCUCCCGCUCCCCUCCCUGCCCCCGAGUCCAUUGGCCAUGGAGUACCUCAACGAUUUCGACCUGCUCAAGUUUGAGGUUAAGCCAGACACCCCUCCGCUGCUGGCCCCCUGUUCAUUCCCCAAAUCUGGCCCCCAUAACCCCUCUAGCCCCUCCUACCUCAGUCAGGCCACCCAGGACUCCAGCGUGAGCUCCACCCCCUACAACUCGCUGCCCCCCUCCCCAACGCUUAGUGACACCCAGCCCCCUCCCUCCUCCUCCUCCUCUUCCUCUACCCUUUCUCUCUCCUCUUCCUGCUCAUCCCUCUCUAUCCCUCUCACCGUCCCUAGUGGCUACCCUUCUAGCCUGAGCUCUGGUUCCCAUGGCAACCCCAACAGUAGCCCCGCCCCCAAUGCUGACCCCGCCCCUGGCCCCACCCACGGCCCCACCCCUGCCUCUCUGGAGGACCUGAUCUGGCUGGCAGCAUUGCAGCAGCAGUUUGGAGGGGGGGAGGGGGGGGCGGGGCAGGUGUCGGUGCUGGGGUCACUGGGCGGGGCCGGGGGCGGAGUCGGAGAGAGAGACAGGGGUCCUGCAGGGACCUUCCUGGGGUGCGAGGACGCUGUGGAGGCACUGCUCAAUUCUGCAGCUGCCGCAGUCAGCUCACAGUUCCCCAUGUUGGCUCAGAGCUCCAGUGCUAGCCUCCAGGACUCCGGCAGCGACAGCGGAGGUGACUCCUGCUCCAAAACCUCAGACCCCUGCCACCGCCCGCCCCUCCUCUUCCUCCCUCCUGGCACCGCCCCCUCCCUCCCCUCCAACACCCCGGGCUCUGCCCCUUACCCACAACCCCCCAGCCCCCACAGCCGACUGCACCACCAUCACCACCAUCACCACCCCCACCUCCCCCUGCAUGGCCAUCAUCAUCAUCAUCACCAUCAUCAUCAUCUCCAGCUCAACCAGUGCGGGCUGGAGGAGCGGUUCUCGGACGAGCAGCUGGUCAGCCUGUCGGUGCGGGAGCUGAACCGCCACCUCCGCGGCGUGAGCAAGGACGAGGUGGUGCGGCUGAAGCAGAAGCGGCGCACGCUGAAGAACCGCGGCUACGCGCAGUCCUGCCGCUACAAGCGGCUGCAGCACCGCCACGCGCUGGAGUCCGAGAAGCACGUCCUCACGCAGCAGCUGGAGCAGCUGCAGUGUGAGUUCGCUCGGGUUCUGAGAGAGAGGGACACCUACAAGGCUCGCUACGAAAAGCUCGCCGGCUCCAGCGAGGCUCCGCCCCCACACGCCAGCCGCGCCGCCUCGCCGCCAGACUACUUCCUGUGAGGGACGCCCGACACCAGACUACUUCCUGUGAGGGACGCCCGACACCAGACUACUUCCUGUGAGGGACGCCCAACACGGGGCGGGGAGAGAGAGGGAGAGAGGGAGAGAGGGAAAGGGAGAGAGAGAGAGAGAGAGUGAGAGAAAGAGAGAGAGAGAGAGUGAGAGUGAGAGAGAGACAGAGAGAGACUGACAACUGAAAUCAUCCUAAAAUCACAGACUCUGUCGGACUCUGGAGUGGGGAACUGAGGGUGUGAUUGUGAAUUCAGCUUCAGGGGUUUGUUCUUAGACUGUUAGCCUGUUAGAACUCGGGGUGAUGAUUAACCAUCGCUCCCAAAUCACUUCCUUUGUUCCUAAUGUAUGAAUCAGGUGAGAAUGAGGAGAGGAGCACCUAUCGCUGGAAUAGAUGUCACUGUGAAGUUUAUCAGGGCCAGUUUUCGGGUGUCGGGGGGAGAUCUGCGGAGGACGGGGCGGGGUCGGUCGCGAUUGUGCGAUCGGUGCACCGGAUUCUUCACCACCGGUGACUUUGCCUGAGGCAAAUCUCGCGGAAGCAGACUGAACGAGGGCGGGGGCGACCGACACUAACGCGGCACUGCCUUCGCGGCACCCCCAGAAUGGAACCCCUGUUUCCGACGAUUACGCAGACACGCUGGCCUCUUUACGCACCGCCUCUACCUCUGGAGAAGGACAAGACGCGCCCGUGCACACGGACGCACUGCAGGCCCGGUGUGUUAGAACUGGAGAGUGCGUCUGUGGGGCAUGCCAGUAACCCAAAUCCACAACGUUUGAGUGUUCUACCCUCCCUGAGCCAAAGAACCAGCCUGAAGAAUAAUGCAAAAAAUCACAUUUCUUCCAUUUUUUUUUUUUUUUUUUUUUUUUUUUUUUUUUUACUUCAAGUGCUGCUCUAUUCUGAAACAAGUGGAGCUCCACCUGCUUUGAACAGUCUCAUGAAAGAACUGACAAAGGUUUUGUCAGCGUUAAAUAAUGGCUGUCACAUUCAGGCAUAAGUAUGCAUGACCAGCUUAUAGAAAAGAAAACAAAAUACAAUAUAAAUAAUUCCCAAAGUCUCACAAAUGGCAAUUAAAAAAGGAUAAAUAUUUAUUUUCAAAUGAGAAAUUGUGACAAAAAGUUGUUUUUGUGCAGUGCAAAUGUGCCCACAGGCUAGACCAUCAAUUACAGUAUACAGCACUGUAAUUUUUCAUAUUUUCACAAGAUUUUUUAUCUUACAACAUAUAUGUACAAUUAACAUAUCAUAUGAAAAUAGAUUUAGUUUAUAUUUUAUGUAUGAAACGCCCAUUUUUAGCCAUAGGGGGAAGAAUUUAGGGGGGGGGGUAAAAGGUUAUUGAUAAAAUAAAUGAGUGCGUAAGUGUGCAGGCACUGGUAUUGUAAAAUAAAAAAUCUUGUGAUGGGAAAUGUCUACAUGUGCAGGGUAUGACAGGCGUCUGAACUGCAGACUGCCGGGGGGGCGGGGCUUGAUGUCAAACCCCUCCCAUCGACGUCCAGCCCCGCCCCUCCCGCAUCCCGAAGUCAGACGUACCUGCCGUGUGCUCCUCCCAGCUCAGUGGCAGGGUCUGACCGACGCUGUCAGUGGUGAGAAAGGGUUCAGGUCGGCUGCUUUUCAAUUCGCUCCAGUCAGGAGGUGACCGGCAUUUCAAUCCGCUGACUGGAAAAAAAAAAAUUCACAGAACAUUACGGCCAUUGUUAAAUUCAUUACAAUAAAUCUUCCACGUGUCCUAAUGUGGCAAAGAUAAAUAUAGAUAUUGUUUUAUUUACCCAUGUGCCGGGUAACGUUUUGAUCUGUAGGUCUUCUCAGGCAACCCAGGCUACCUAACAGAAAGAGAUUGUUUAUUGACUCAGAGACGGCAAUAAACAAUCUAUGCUCUUCCUCUUUCCUCGCAAAAGAGUUCCUGUGCUGGCUGUCUCAGUAAUGGGCAAUAGGAACUGGAAAAAAAGGAAGUCAGUCAAAUGUGAGGACAGUAGCGCCAGUCUGAAGAAUUCAAUCAAAAUUCUUCCUCAACAUUUUAUUCAAAACUAGAUAGGAAUGCGACCUGAUAAACUGUGUUAGUGAAGGAACAAAAAGUACAACUUGCAUUUAUUGUUUAUUGGUAAAGUGAAUGGUUAAUGACAGAUGUUGAAUCCAAGCUGUAGUUCUCCUAGAGUCUGACAUGGCCCCUUAGACUCUAUUACCCAUAAUUCCCCAUGUAUCUCCAUGCUUCCUGCCUCUUUACAGAAUGCGCUGGGCUGGGCUUUAUAGAAUUCUAAAUGAGCUACUUUAUUAAUUUAUGUAUUUAUUGAUUAUUUAUUGUUUUAUUUAUUUAUUGUUAUUUUUCAUUUAUUAACUUAUAAUUUUACUUGCAUCCUUAGUUUUUUGAUUGGUUAGAUUUAUUAUUAUUAUUAUUAUUAUUAUUACUAGAAUUAUUGCCAUCCAUGUGUACUUGUUGUGUGUAGUGGUUUCAUACAAAUAAACAAACUAUUUUUUUGUUUUGA